UUCAGUCCAGGUCUGUCCUCCUCCUCUUUAGUUCUACACUGUCAGUGCUGGAUUCUUCGCACAAAGAUGUGGCUUCCUCUUGGAAUCAUCUUUUCUCUGGGGAUACUAAUUCCUGGAAAAUUCAGCUUGAAAUUGCAAUAUGACAGGGAUCAGGUUUUGCAUAUUAUGCCAGAAACGUUUCAGCAAGUCCAGCAUCUUCAGCUUCUUUGCGGUACUUUAAUGCUGGAUUUGUGGAAGCCCCUGCUGCCUGAAGACAUCAGGGCUGGGGGAGACCUGCACAUAAGGGUCCCAGCCCCUCUGGUGCAGGAGGUGAAAGACAGCUUAGAUCAGCAUAUGAUCUCUUACAGAGUCCUAAUACCUGAUGUGCAGAAACUUGUGGAUGAGAGCAUGCCAAGGGAGAGGAGCAGCCAUAGACAGGUCUCAGGAGGUUAUGCCUACACCGAGUACCAUCCAAUGGAAGAGAUUUAUCAGUGGAUGACUCAGAUUCAGAAGAACAACAGUGAGCUGGUGACUCAGCACUUCCUGGGGAAGACAUUUGAGAAUCGAGCAAUGUAUUACCUACAGAUCAGCCAACCAUCAAAUGAACCCAAAAAGAUAAUUUGGAUGGACUGUGGGAUUCAUGCCAGAGAAUGGAUCUCUCCAGCCUUCUGUCAGUGGUUUGUAAAAGAAAUUCUUCAAAAUUACAAAACUGACCCAAAGAUAAAUAGAUUUCUGCAGAAUUUAGACCUCUAUGUCUUGCCAGUUCUCAAUAUUGAUGGCUACAUCUAUUCCUGGGAAAAAGAGCGUUUGUGGAGGAAAAACCGUUCUCCAUAUGGGAAUGGCACCUGCUAUGGCACAGAUCUGAACCGAAACUUCAAUUCAUCCUGGGGCAGUGUUGGUGUAUCUUUUAACUGCAGCAGUGAGGUCUUCUGUGGAUCUGGGCCAGAAUCAGAGCCUGAGACAAGAGCUGUGGCUCAGUUUAUCAAAAGCAAGAAGAGCGACAUUUUGUGUUAUUUAACAAUUCACUCCUAUGGACAGCUCAUCCUCACUCCAUAUGGUUCCACAACUAAACCUCCAAGUAACAACGAAGAACUGAUGCAAGUUGCAAAGGAAGCAGCUGCUGCAUUGACAGCAAAGUAUGGGACCAGCUAUAGAGUAGGAUCAACUGCUUUAAUUCUAUACAGUAACUCAGGCUCCUCACGGGACUGGGCCCACACUAUUGGCAUUCCGCUGUCUUACACAUUUGAACUGCGAGACACGGGUACUUAUGGAUUUGUUCUCCCUCCUAACCAAAUCCAGCCCACGUGUGAGGAGACUAUGUUGGCUGUGACAACUAUCAUAGACUAUGUUGAUAAGAAGUACUUCCCAGGUGGAGAUGUGGUGCUGACCUCCAGCAGCUUGGGCCUGAGCCUUUGCCUGAGUAUUGUAUUUAUAUUGACCGUUUCUUAAAAACCGUUUAGAGAACCCAGCAAGAGACUCCCAUGAAAAAUACAAUUUCCCCUCAAAAAUAAAAAAAGUUACAUCAGCAAAGGAACUUAAUGUCAAGUAUUUCAAUAAUCGUAAAAAUUAUCAUCCCAUAUAAUAUAAGGACUUGUGAUUUGAUAGCUAUGUUUUUGGAAGAAGGAAAAGAUAAAGAGGAGUGGCAACUUCCCAGGCUUCACUUGCUGGCUCUGCUAAUUCUUUAAUCGACCUUAAAACAUUCAUUCAUGACAAGUACCCUUGGGUACAGAGCACCAUUACUCCCUGGAUCUUUGGAGCAUGUUUUCGGGGUCUUGCUUAGGCCUGUGCAGCCCUUCUGUCAGCCACAGUCCUCAUCUCACAAUUUUCCUUACUGCCUGAAUCUGUAGACUUCUCUGUGUUAUUGGCUUUAGCAGGAUGCCUAUGAGAUUUAAAAGUUCUGAAAUCCCACUACAGAAAAUUGGAUGGCUUCCUUAUCCUCUGCUUUCCUUCCCUAAACUGCCACACUGGGAUUUGCUAGAAAAUACAGGGCCUCAAAAGCUGGUGAAAUGUCAUGAUCAGGAAACCAUCUACAACAGCCUGGAACAAGCUAAAGAGUUUAAUUGGUGCAAGCAUGUAGGGACAGAGAAGUUUGGCCCUGUCUCUUAGGUGCACUCAGAUUACUGAAGACAGAAGGUGCCCAAAUCCUCCAAAAAUUUGAAAGGGAAAGGGAAAAGAAAGAUAAGGAUGGGGUGCUAUUCCUACAGAGGAGACCAGAGUGUUACUUUUUUGCAUUUUCAACUUCCAGAAUUGAUUGGUGGUGACAAUUAUCCUCCUUAAUUUAGACUCCUGAGAGAUUUCAUCACAGAUUGUACAUAACUAAAGUCUAUUUACAAGGUUUCUUUCUUACCAACCACCUUAAUCCUUUGGAGCUGACUGUACAGAAAUGGGCCCAGUUGUCUGUUUUCCAACAUUUGGGAGAGCCUGCAGCCUUCAGGGAAUUGCCUGGGAUCCUCAUGCAAAGCUGGAAGCUCAGUGGAGUGCCAGAGGAAAGGAAAUAUUUCAGCCCAUUUAGCAGGGACUCUCCAACUGAGCCACUCAAAAAGGAAUGCCAAGGUAAGAGCCUCUGUGUUGUCACAGCCAACCCCAGAGGGUGCAGGGCAUUCACUGAAACAGAGAAGGGCUAUUUUAACCUGUACUCUGCUUUUGAAUCCAGGAUCCAAUAUCCCAGAAAUAUGUCCACCAGGCUUGGCUACUACAGAUAACAGAUGGGGAGUUUUGUUGUGAUAGAAAAUGAAGAAUCCAGAGAAUAGGAAAAAAAAAGUAUGAAAUGUCUGCUUUUCUUAGCAAAUGUCAAGAUAGUGCUUGAAAAUUUCAAGAGUGCUAACCAGAGAUUUUUCAACAAAAUAUUUCCAGCUUUGGGGAAGAGAAUGCUGUCCAAUUCUCUUCCAGUGUUGCCAAGAGAAGGAUUUGUAUUACUUUACUGUAGUAUGGUUAAAAAACCCCACAAUAUAAGAUACAACCUUGCAGUAAUUUUUCCAAAGCACAUCCUAUUAUCAUUUUGUCUGCAUUAUUAGCUGACAAAUCUCAGCUUCUGUGUUUAUUGUCCACAGAUUAUUACCAAUUGAUGUAACUAAAUCUGCCUAACUCCUGCAGGUUCCCCAGAGCAUUGUCUUUCCAGACCAACCACUCAUUUACAGUAAGACCCGUCUGUUGCUGGGCACUGGAGCAGGUGUCACUAAUUAGCAUCUUUCCCCACAGAAGCUGCAUUCCCUAAACCUCUGUUUAGUUUAGGAUGUGACUUGUAAGUCUUUAUGUUUGUAUUUAUAUAUUCUGUUUUUGGAAAUGUAAGAAACCAGACAAGUCCAUCUGGCCCAUGACUGUGAGCUAUCUUUAAGCAAGUGAGGUUUGACCACAAGUGUUCCAUAGCCAUUUGCUGGUGAGGUGCAUUGAAGGUCCCCAGUGCCACCAGCAGCAGAUGGCAGUGUCCUCUGGGAAACGAUGCCCACAUGCUGACCUUGCCAAAGCCAGCCCAACCUGGGUUGCCACAAAACACUUUCCAUAUCUAACCCAUGACUACAGUGGUAGAAAAAUGCUGCCAGUCAGGGCUUCUUUUCUGGAUUCAGAGACAUUGAACAGCUUCUGUGCCUAGAGCCAGAGAGGAAGCGAGCUGGUUUGCUGAUUGUGGGUAUCUUUUUGAUAGAAACGUUUAUCACUAAAAGAUACAAGCAGGUGUGUCCUAAAGUUAAUUAGCAGGCUUCUGUGGAAUGGCUCAGUCCCUCACUAGCUCUUCUUGUUGUAAUAACAUCCAUUAGGCAUAGAAAGAUACCUCUGAACAUGGCUCUGAAGCAAGAGGAUAUGGGGGUAUUCUACCUCCAGCAUUGCCAGCAUUCAAGAAUCACAGAAGUGAAGAGGAAGUCUCUGCCAGGAAAAAAAAAAGGCAAUAAUCAUUACCUAAAAGAAUGUCUGAUCAUUAUGCAGAUAGACUGAUACAGCUCCUUGCUCUUUUAGCAAUGGGUCACCCGCUUUGCACAGGGAAACCACAAAUCAAUGUUUUGUGGAAGCAGCACCUUGCCCCCACUGACACUGCAGAACAGACAUCCUGCAAGCAGUGCUUACAGCCCGUCUUAGGAACUAUCACUGCACAAGCAAGGCAGAAUCACUAAAAGGCCAAAACUGCAGCAAACUGAUGUUAAAAAUUUUACAUGGGAUCUAUAUUUCACAUACCCUCCCAGUUUGCUGACUUCUCUGUGUAUCUGUUGAGCUUGUACAAGAGUGACGUGUAUGGCUGACAAAAAUCACUGCAGAGACGGUGUAUUUUAUCAGCUGUGUUUUGCAAAGGAAAAUUUUAAACAAAAAUGUAGUGUGGCUGUCUCUGCUGAAAUUCCCCUUACUUCAUGAAUCCUGACUUUCUCUCCUCUGCAUUCCUUUGUUGCCUUCUCUGGCCCUUGACAGUUUUACUUUAGAUGAAAUAUGGAAAGAGCUUCAUUCUGGUCUCUUGAUUAUUAGUGGAAGCACAGCAUUAUCCUACUAAGACUAUAGUAGGACUUUAGAUUCACCCAUGUAAACAUAUGUGAAACAAAAAUUUGUCAUGGAGAACUAGAAUAUUUGUCUAUUCAUUGUAAUUUCUCCCUGUGAUUUUACCAACAUCCAUGCUCCUUCCCCUUUUUCUCACCGUUAAAUACCUGUAUUGUGCCUGCUUUAUUAUAUAAUCAGUACUGUGAAGGUUUAAUUACUUUUGGUCAUUCAGGUUAUUGAAAGGGCAAUUCCAGUUAUGAGUAAUAGUGUUCUAUAUCAUCCUUGUUAACAUUUUGUCUCUAGUACAAAAAUAAAGAUUGACAAAAGGAC